AUGUUGAGCAAUGAGCAGCAAGCUUCAGGGGUGUGUGCAGCAAGGAUCUCCUUCUCCAAUGAUUUCGCAGAUUCUUCUCAUCAACACCCCAUGACGAUGAGCUACAAGGAGGCGCCCGUCUCCUCCGACAACUUCGAGUUCUCCGUCUCCGGCUACACUAUGAUUUCUGCAGACCAGGUUUUCUGCAAGGGAAAACUGCUGCCAUUCAAGGACAGCAAGACAACCACGCUUCGAGAUGAGCUCCUGCAAGGUAAUGACGACGACUAUGGAGAUCUGUUUCCCAGAAUAACAAUGCCCAGCAAGGGGUCGGGGUCGGGGUCGGGGAUGAGCCGGUGGAGGGAGCGUUUGGGGUUGAAGAGAUCCCACAUUAUUUUUCCUAGGAAACCCAACAAUAAUAAUAAGAACCUCCAACGAAUCGAUGAAACCAAGGUCGCUGAUGAUUUGUUCAUCAAUGAACAAGCCUGUUGCAAUGCCGCAACUUCACACCAGAAAAGCUAG